AUGGCCCCCGACGGGUCAGAGGACCCAAACACCGACCUGUUCACCGCACAACGGUUAUGGGAGCAGUCGGAAUGGGAUAUGCACACCCAGUAUCGCAACGCAGUUGGAGCUUGUGUGAAUUGGGAUUCUUGGGUCCCCGAUGACGCUGGUGCAGCACGCCUCUGCCGAUGGCUAUAUGAAAAAGUCGUGUCGCCCAUCGAGGAUCAACUGGCGGAUGAGUUCAAUACCAAUAUAGAAGAUGUUGAUAAUCUUCUUUUAUCUUUGGGUAAGAGCAAGGACCAACGAUCCAUACUCCUAGCCCAGCAAAACCGACUUUCAAACCAUGCCGUCAUCUGCGCGCUGGGUGUGGAGUCGAAUGCAGUGAUGGCCGUAAUGGAUGAGGUCUAUGAAACCCUGCCCGAGGCAGCUCGUGAGGAUGCAAAUGCGUAUACAACCGGCCGCAUUGGCAAGACUUCCAUAGUUGUCGUCCAUCUCCCGGGAAUGGGAAAGCUCAACGCUGCCAGCAGUGCAAUGCGUCUCAAAUCUUCCUUCCCAAACGUGGGCUUGUGCCUCGUGGUGGGAGUCUGCGGCGGUGCCCCCUACAAUUCCCGCACGAAGAAAGACAUUGUACUAGGUGAUAUUAUCAUCAGUACUGGCCUGAAACAGGUAGACUUUGGUCGCUACUAUCAAAGCGGGUUUGUUCCGAAGGAUGACCCAGAAGAUAACUUUGGGCGGCCGGUUGAGCGUCUGCGCUCCUUCCUGCGCAUGCUGAGUGAAACCGACCACUAUUAUACCCGGGUGGCCGAUGCCACAAAUAGCACCCUGAACGCACUCCUUCAGUCAAAAACUGGUCAGAGCCUAGAAUAUCCCGGUGCCCAUCGGGAUCAUUUAUAUGAGUCCACAUACCAACAUCAGUGCCGCUCAGAGCAGACUUGCAGAACAUGCGACCCGACCAGCGGUGCCGUAUGCCAACAUGCUCUUGAUACAUCAUGCGAUCAACUUGGAUGUGAGCCAGGGCAUACAGUGGCCCGGCCCCGUCUCCGUGAGUCUGGUCCAACGCACCCGGUGGUACAUUUUGGCCGAGUCGCAUGUAGUGACGGCGUGAUGAAAUCGGCACGGGACCGCGACCGACUUGUCGAGAAGUACGAUGUAAUCGGUUUUGAGAUGGAGGCCGCAGGAGCUUGGGAUACCUUUCCCACCGUCAUCGUCAAAGGAGUCUGCGACUACGCAGACAGCCACAAGAACAAGCUGUGGCAAGGCUAUGGUGCGGCAGUCGCAGCAUCUUGCAUGAAGGCGCUUUUGGCCCAGUGGGUCCUCUUGAACGACCUCGGUUUCUAG